CCUCGCCACUGUCCUUGCCUACGUAUAAAAGCCCUCAACCCUGCCCUCCUCAGCUUCAUCAUUCCAUUCUCCAACUCGCUCUUCACUUCCCACCCCUCCCCUGCCUCUCUCACUCUCUCCCACACCACACCCAAGAAAGCACAUCCACCAUGUUCGGAUUCGAAAGCCACCACGAUGAGGUCUACAACGAGACAUCCAACAAGUCCUCCUGGUCCCACGAACUCAUUGCAGGCGCCGCUGCCUUCGAAGCCAUGAAGUCUGUUGAAAAUGGCUCGACCGACAAGCACCAGUUGACCAAGGAGGCCUUUGCUGCCAUUGCCGGCGCUGAAGCCGACAGGCUGAUUGAGACCAAGGGCCUUGACUAUAUGGACAAAGAGAAAGCCAAGCGACAAGCCCGGGCGAACGCCGAGCGCAUCUACGACGAGAAGUACGCUUAGUCGACCAGGCAGCAACAGCGGCGGCGAUAGCAGUAGCAGUAGCUAUCAAAAUCAAUAUCGCCUCUGUCAUGGACAAUCCACCUGCGAUAUACUUGUAAAUAAAAAAAAAA